AGAAGCUUCCUUUUUUUCCUGCACAUCAGGACGACCCAACCCUUUAGAGAGAGAGAGAGAGAGACGAACGCAAGGGGAACCGGAGUCCAGGCAGCAUCCACCCACAGAAGAAGGAGCGACCAGCCCCAUUCCGAGCUUCAUGGGCUUACUGUGGCUCCAAUCCUUGCUACAGUCGACUCUAUUUGGAAAUGAGGUGCUGGGUGGGCAGAGGAUGAUGAGCUCCGGGGCUUCAUACCAACAGCUCGCCCGGCAGGUGGAGGCGCUGAGGAAGGAGAACACUCACCUCCGGAGGGAGCUAGAGGACAACUCCAGCCACCUGUCCAAGCUGGAGAAUGAGACUUCCGACAUGAAGGAGAUUCUGAAGCAGCUGCAAUGCAAACUCGAGCAGGAGGCACGCACCCUGGCCUCCUCCGGGAAGACAGAUGUCCUGGACCAGCUCAGAGAGCUGCACAUGGACUUGACAAACUACUACGAACUGAAGUAUCAACCCCACAACCUGGUGGCCCCACAGCACUGCGGCGAGGGGGGCAGCAGACUCGCACCCCAGGGCUCUGCUUCGGACCCCCGAAUAGGAGAGGAGAGCCCCCUGCGCAGCACGGCCAGGCAGGGGCCCUUGCUGCAGGGAGAGGCAGGAGCGCAGCUCCCUGGGUCUCCAGACAGCUUAGAGAAGGGAGCAGCCUCCAUGGAGGGCCGGGUCACUGUGCUGCAGCUGGAGCAGCUUGAUAAGGAGAGGACCCUCUUGCUGGGUGAGAUUGAGAAGGAAGAGAAGGAGAGGCACUGGUACUACAUUCAGCUGCAGGGCCUGUCCAAGCGGCUGUCUGAGCUGCCUUGCAUUGACACGUUCUCCGUGCAGAUGGACCUGAUCCGACAGCAGCUGGAGUUUGAGGCUCAGCAGCUGCGCUCAGUCAUGGAGGAACGCUUCGGCACCGGGGAUGAAAUGGUGCAGCGCACACAGAUCCGGGUGGCCCGUCUGGAGCAGCUGGACAAGGAGCUGCAAGAGGCCCAGGACAAGGUCCAGCACUGGGACCCCCAGGUGAGCCCUGCCAGCCUGGUACCAGUGACACUGACACAGGGAGGGAUGAGCCCUGCCAGCCUGGUUUUCCCCCCCAGUAGCUGCAACAGCUCAUAA